UUUAAGGUUGAGAAAUUCACUUUAUUCAAACCUAAGCUCAUAUUCAAAGCCAAUACUAUGGGUCUGAUACCAUGCAAGUUUCACACAAGGCGUCCCCUCAAUCCAUUAAUAGUUGAACUAGAAUGGGGUUUCAUUCCAGUGGGUGAAGAUAAAUACAAGCCAUUAAUACAUCUGUAUGGAGACCAUAUCAGACUGGCAUUGCCCGAAUACAAGGAUAAGUAUCAGGUUUUCAAAUCCCUGGUAGCAAAAGGGAACUGUUCUCUGGUGAUAAAUCCGACAGACAUUAAAGACAGCGGAAUUUACCAAGUCAAGCUGAAAAUUAAAGAAAAGGUGUUCACGCCUCCUUCAUCAAUAAAAAUUACAAUUGUGAAACACGAAAAAGUUGAUACACGGACGGCGAAACACAAGACGGAGGCUACAACUGCUUUGCAAAGCACUGCCAUAAUGGAAACAACUGCAACACCACCAGAUGAGACUGAUUUUAUUGAAGACACCAUCCUUCCAAGUCUUACAGGGAAUGAGAAGAUGUUUGGGAUAAUAGUGAUAUGUGUUGCAUCACCCCUUGCGCUAUACGCAGUGAUAGGAAUUGUUAUAUGCGUGGCCUACAACCGAAAGAAGAAAAAAGGUCACACUGGUGAUGUAGAAAACCCUCCCGUAGAGGAUUCAAACGCAGGGAAAGAAGAAAAAGCCAUAGAAGAUAAGAAAGAUGAGAGUGAAGAAAUCUCAUCAGAUACGUAUGAAAGUGCUGAAAGUGCUGAAAGUGCUAGUGACUCAGCUGAUGACAAUUCUAGUCAGACUGAAGAAGAAUCUUGAUGAAAAGAGUAAAAAAGGCACCACAGAAGAAUAAGAACUGAAGAGAAUAAGAUCCAACAAGAUAUCAACUUUAUAAAAUACUUUUUAAAAUAAAUGUUCUAUAUUAAUAGUU